AGCACAGCCAAUGGCUAAGGGAGUUCUACACUCUUGUUGAAUUGCCUUAAACUGCAGCGUGUCGAAAGGCUUUCUAAUAUGGAGAACGCAUGUAUUGAAACGGCCUUCUUUGAAGCCUGUGAAAGUGGUGAUAUAGCCCAAGCCAAAAUGCUGCUCGCACUCAGAGUUUUCGAUCCCACUAGACUAGUUAGUAAGAGGACGCCAGAGGGAAGAACAUGUUUACAUCUUGCAGUACUUGCAGGAAGUCCAGAUUUGUUAAAAAAAUUUAAACUGCGACAAUUCAUCAACGAGGUGGACAAUCGAGGCGACACGGCCUUGUAUUUAGCUGUCUGGAAAUAUCGUCUAGAUCUGGUGACACUAUUGUUAGAUGAUAAGGCUGAUUGUAAGGCUGUUUUGAGCGUGAAAAAUAACAGGGGAGAAACUCCGCUAUGCAUAGCAGUAAAGUUUGGAUCCCUGGAUGUUGUGAAGAAGUUGAUAGAUCAUGAACCGGAGGCCGUCCAAAAAUUAUGUAAAGAUGUCAAAAUUUUGCAUCUUGCUGUGAAUCUUAACCGAGCCAGAAUUGUUGGAUUUUUUAUUAAAAAAAGUGUAGUUAUAAAAAACAGUGGAAUUCUCAGAGAGCUUAUCAACCAACGUGCUGAAGUCCCUGGCAUAAAGCGAGCUGAUAAUGAAGGUAAUCGUGAUAUGAAGGUUUCUGUUGAUUUCUCAUUUAAAAAGGUGGAGUUGUCGGACCUUAAUGGCCAGCCUAACAGCCAGGCAAUUGUUCAAGGAGAUACGCCCUUACACAUUGCAGCAAGGAACAAAAGUGAGCCUAUUGUGGAUACGCUGCUAAGGGUGCCUGGGGUGAACCAGCAUGCUCUAAAUAGUGAGGGAAAAACACCGCUGGAUGUUGCAAGAGAAGUCACGGAGUACUACGAGUCUUUCAGGAUUAUAAAAAAGCUCACAGAUUAUAAACCCAGUCCCAAGCCAUUCAUGUACUGUGCGCCAGAGGUGAGCAAAGAAAAGCACAAGAGAGCCACGGAUAUGGUUAACAAAACCUUCGAUGACAGACGCAAUACUGAACUGGUGGUGGCAGCAUUAUUGGCCACCAUGACAUUUACGGCUGUGUUCACGGUUCCAGGUGGCUCGUACCAGGAUUCUAAUGAUGAGAACCGAGGGACCCCUAUUCUCCUAGCCUAUUAUAUGUUUAAGCUCUUUAUUAUUUUCGACUGCAUAUCCUUCUUUCUAUCUCUCUUCGUUUGUAUAAUGUGGCAAAUGGCUUCAGAGCUUACCACAGAGGACAAGAUGUUGUUCAUUACCGUCAGUGGUUUGUUGACCUGCCUCAGCUUUGGAUUCAAUUCUUGCCGUUUUAUGGCUGCAGUGCACACGAUAUUGGCACAUAAAGACAUGACCCUCGCUUGGGUGAUUUUGGGUAUUCUCUUAUUCAUCGAAUUCUGUGUUAUUAUUGCAUUUAUCCAUCAAUCGGUAAUGUUUGCAGUGGGGCGAGCUAGAUUCCACCGUUUGUGCGGUGUACCUCGUCUACUGGAUAGUAUUGUUGAAGGUGUAUGGGAAAGAGCAGAAAGUUUUGGGGUUCUCAAGAUUAUUCGCUCACUAGAAGAAGCUUCCCAUAAUGCAGUCGAAGGAGAUGUUGAUGAAGCUUCCCAUAAUGCAAUCGUUCCGAUACGUUCCUGACCUUCAUCCCUGUAGCUCAACAAUCUGUUUACUUCUUGCUGUACAACCUUCACUGUUUACUCUCUCCAUUACAUUGCAACCAUCACCGUACUCCUCUAUAGGGUGUGAUUAUUUGUGGGCAUGUAACCUUAAUAAAUCUUUGUUAUGCAUAAUGUAAGGAUGUUUAAUUAUUAAAAUCAGCAUUAUCCGUGUUUUUUAAUGCAUUGGUGAGGGAAAGGGUCUCACAUUUUUAUUAUUGGACAAAAUAUUGUAAAAUAUAAAUACCUAGAUUAUACUAUUCAA